AUGCCUCGAGGGGCGAGAAAACAGGUUUCCGGCACCGGAAAAUCGCUUCUGGCGUUGUGUUACGGAGGAAAUAAGGGAUGGCGGAGAGUGGCGGUUUCGGGUGGAUCGUGGGGUCACAUGGAUUGGUACUUAGCACGUGUUGGACACGAGACUGAGUGA